GCGUGGAGGAAGACGCGGAGCAGCGUUGAGCCCGUCCCACACAGCAGAAGACUGCUAUACGGAUCCGCCUUCAAAUCGCCCAACCCGCGUUACUGUCACAUUCGUUUUGGCUCCGCCUAGAGGAUACAGCUCCGCCUCUGAAAAUUGUACGGUCAGACAGCUGAUCCUGAGCGGACUUGUGUCUGAUUCGCAUACGCGGACGCGACAAACCAAACCGGCGCGCGCCGCCUAGAGUUAGCCGACCAAUGUCUGCACCCGCAGACGUGGACGCGCCUACUAGCGUGUAUGCGCAUGAGCCAAGAUCUCUGGACUUUCUUUGCUGGAACACGAACCGCCGCCUCCCAGAAUGCUUUGCAUGGGGACGUGCGUCUGACGUCACGUAUCCAGAAAAUUCAAAAUGGCUGCACGCGGUAGGUGAGGCCCGAGCGAAGAAAAGUGGAAAAGAGUGUUAUUCGUCAAAAAACCCACACAACGACGGUCAUUUUUUCGCCGUGCUAUUGUAAAAUUGUCUUUUAUCUGUGUUUUGUGUUCCGGGGGACCCCGACUCCAGAAUGUGAAAGUUUCCCGCGUGAAGCCGUGGAGCUUGAGAUCCUGUUUACUGUGGACUAGCUGUGUGUGACGCCAUGUUGUUUUUGUUUACAUUAAAAAAAAAAGCUCCACCGUCUCGCCGAGUGCCAGCAAGAGUCAUGAGUACUUGUCAACUCGACUCCUCAACUGGAGAUAACUUUCUAGCACCUCACCAUGGGGAAGGAUGUAUUCAUAUGCCUUCACCAGCACAUGCAUUAAACAUGCAGAGAGUUACACAAGUUCUUACCACCUUGGGGCACCAUGCAGACAACUACAGAGACGCAUUAAAAAUAAUGCAACAAUAUGGAAAGGGCUGCAACACCUCAGACCUGCAAUCUGAGGCAGAGAACGAGGAGCUGCCAGAAAAAAGGAACAGGAAGCCAGUCCAUCGUCUCGGGGACUCAGAUGAUAGCGAAGAAGAGCCGGGAAAUAGUGACCUCACAUCUCUGGGGUUGGCAAGCCAAUUGCACAGGCAGACUCCACCGUCUCGCCGAGUGCCAGCAAGAGUCAUGAGUACUUGUCAACUCGACUCCUCAACUGGAGGUAACUUUCUAGCACCUCACCAUGGGGAAGGACGCAUUCAUAUGCCUUCACCAGCACCUGCAUUAAACAUGCAGAGAGUUACACAAGGAACGACAGUCCCUCCUCGACUCCCUCCACCCCCCUCACCAGCAGCCCUCAACAUGUGGCAGACAGAGGAGCCUGGAUCCAGCCUGGCCUACAGGCCAACAUGGCGAGGGGAAAGAAUGGCCGACAACAUUUCCUGCUCUGCGCCUGAGGUAAUCCAUAUCCUUAGCCUGCUGGAAACUAUUAAGCACAGCCAAGACCAGCUGAUUGCGAAGGUGCUGUGAGUAAAAAUGUGUUGACAAGGUCAGCCACGGACGCUGAGGUCACCAAACACGCCAUCAGGUGGUUCAACUUGGCGGGGGAUCGGGCAACGAGGAGACGAGUCCCGCUUCCACUUCCUCAGGAGGAAUACAGAUGUAUAUGUAUAAAUAAACAACCUUUU